AUCCUGGUACCAUUGAUUGUCAAGUCAUAUAUAUAGAUGACAAACCGGCGAUUGAUGUGAUUACAGAAUUUGCACGUAAUCACAUAUCUAGUUCAAGAGAUUUAAGUGUUCGAUUUAACUUGGCUCUCGCAUCUUUUGGUUUUGGAACUGGAGAUUUUACAAUAGGUGGACGAUUAUUCACAUCUCGAAAUAAAUUGCCAAAAAGUCCAAAUAUUUCUUACACUCUUAAUUGUAAUGGUAAAAUCUCUAAAAUAAAUCGAGAAUGGAAAACUUUUAUUAAAAGUUCUUCAUAUAUAUCCCCAUACAUCGAUGGUACUACAGUUGGUAAAGCAAAAUUGAUUUAUGAUGCAUUCAUUGCCAGAUUUUAUAUAUUACAAGACUUUGGUGUGGUCUUGAUUUCGACUGAAGAUGUGAGUGAUUCUGACCUUAAAUAUCGUUAUAUAUCCGAUAUGGUUUUUGGAUUUAUAUUAUUAGCUAAAAAAGGUAUAGAAAAGAUUGUUUUAGAUCUAAGUAACAAUUACGGUGGUUCUGUUGAUAUUGCACACAAUAUAAAUAAAAUUCUAUUCCCCAAUAUUCAAAGCUUUCCAGUUGAUAUGAAAGUCAAUGAUAUUUCUGCACAAUUCAUAGAAGGUUUUUCAAUGAUUAGUUCAUUAUAUAACGAUCUAAAAAAUGGAUAUAUACAACAUUAUAAGACAUAUAUUUCUACAAGAACAAAUGCUUCAUUCAAUAGCGUUAAGGACUUUAUUGGAAAUAAUUUAUAUACUCGUGGCGAUAUUCAACUUAAAUACACUUCAAAAGCAUUUUUAAACCAUACGGUACUGUAUGGUGGAAGUUUAGAACUUCCUACGCCUCCUAAAUUUCCUUGGAACGAGAAAGAUAUUAUAAUCUUGACAAACGGAUUGUGUUUUUCAUCAUGUGCAACUAUAACACAACGAUUAGCUGAAAUUAAUGUUCCUACCGUAGUUGUCGGUGGAUUUCCAAAUAAACGGUUUUCUUUUGCAUCAACAUCUGGGGGAUAUAUGGUAACUACGGGCUAUUUACAAACUUAUGUUAAAAGACUUAAAAAUCUCAAUAGUUCUUUAGUUUCCAGCUUGACUCUUUCUGAAACUUUAAGUUUAUCGUUUACUAUAGUUGAAGCUUAUAGUGUAAACCAUCCAAACGAAGUCAUGGAUUUUUCUUUUAGACCUGCGGAUUAUCAAUUAUAUUAUGAUGAAAGAA